AUGCUGCGUGUUGAAGUUCGAGGUCUUCUGCACGAUUGGUUUGACGUGGGUGAAAUGGGUGACUUCAUCCGCUCGCCCGAAUUUGCUGGAACUCUGCGCGAAAACGUGGCGCGCUAUUUCAGCGUACCCUUCGAGAGACAGGCAAUAUACGACGAAGAUGGGCUCUUAACGAGUACUGCCGACUUUAGCCGAGCUCUUCAGAAACUGUACCCCAAGCUCUUCAUCUACGACUUGGACGAGAUGGGUCCGGAGCUGCGCGCACGAGCGGUUGACGAGCUCCGUCAAAUCGAUGCAGACGUGGAGCAGUCCUGGAAGCAAUUCGGCACCAAGCAGCCGAUGCGCACCAGGCAAACGUGGCAAGACGUUGCAGGGCCUUCUUCAGCGACGGUCAAGCCGCAGGAUGUCGCGACUGUCGUGUACGCUCUCAAUGGUGAUGGGAUCCCAAAGCAGGCUCUGAGUCCCGAAAUCAGGGAGCUGUCUGGUGCAUCGAGCACGACGCAGACACUGCAGCCAAGAGUCAUCUCGAGGGGUCAAGCGGACGUGCAAGCAUGCACUCCUACGAGGAGUGCCGAGCACAUCGUCCCCGUGCGAAGCACCUCUCGCAGGAUCAUUGCCUCGCAUGUUGCCGUGCCCCCGGCGGCUGCUGCGGCCAGGAUGCUGGAGCAAGCUGAGCUAUGCAGCAUCUCUCCGAGGAUACUGACAGCAACCCCCUCAACUUCGCUGCCGCAGAGGACCAACGGGGUCACGAGCUCCCCAAGGCUAGCGCCGGUGCAACAAAGCCCUUUGAGGCCAGUGGAGCUCCACGCCUACACACCCAGGACACAGCCAGCGUUGUCUGCAACCCCAAUAUCAGUGCCGACCGCACUGACACCCAGGGGCAUUUCCCCUCGGAUGCAGUGCAGGAGUGUAUCUCCGUGCAUUUUGCCAGACAGGCCGAGCUUCUCGGCAACAGCGUUGCCCCAGGGAUGCAGCGGCCCCGGCCCUUCUCCACAAAUUCAUGCGGCUUGGCUUGACCAGCUGACUCCGCGAAGGUCCCUGACGCCGAUGCCUGCGCAACUGCCGCAGGCCUGCAAGCAAGGCGGACUGCCUCCGCCUCCAGGGAUUUCAUUUACCUUGAAACCGGAGUUGCCGCGGCUGCAGCUACAGCCCAUGAGCCUCAUGAGCUCUGUGAGCACGCCGCAGCUGCUUCCCGUUUCGCCCAGGGUUCCAGGGCUUUGUCCAGGGCUUGGCCCAAGCUAA